CUCCGCUUCGCUUAGCUCUCUGUCUCUCUCUACACUGGAUACUGUUUUCGUGUUCUGUUAGCCUUGCUCUGCUUUUUCGACAUUUCCUUAUUAAUUUUCUUUAACACUUAUAUUUAUUAAUUAUAUUAUAUAAAUAUAUGGGUUCGAAGUUUAAAGCUGCAAUGGAAUCACCUAAUAGAGAAAGUGUGUGCGUAGGAUAAGAGCAGGCACGCUCUUCCCAGUAUCAAGCAACUUACAUAGUCAUUUUUGUGUAACAUAAAGAGAGAAAUGGAUUGAAUUUUUAUAAGUUUUUUUUUUCACGUUUUUGGGGUUUUGUUUAUUUUUGAUGAUCGAGCGGAGGGAUGGAAUCAAAGUGAUGAUGAGGAUAGUGGGGUUUCAUUGAAAGGUCUAUAUCUUUUGAGGGAGAGAGAGAGAAGCUACUCAAAUGCUUUGGUCGGCGUGCUUUGAUGCUGCUAACUGAAGGGGAGGUGUUUUUUUCGGUUAUAUAAAAAAAGCCCCACAUAAGAAAAGAUCUUUCUUUCCAGUGUUGUCCCCUUUUCUUUGCAGGUUUUUGUUCCUUGAUUUUGGACUGUGCUGCUGCUGUUUGGGGGUGGGGUUGGGGUGAGGUGCGAGGGGAGAGGGUGUAAAAGGUCCUCCUUUCUGACCAAUUGGGAUUGGUUUGUUUUGUCAUUUGUGUUUUGUGAGACCCCUUUUUUUCUUUGAUAAUUGCUCCAUCUCUAGAAGAUACUAUACGUGAUUCUACUUAGUGGGGACGAAAGCUCAGUGGAGCAAUAGGAAUGGAAAUUUGUUUCUUCUCUUUUUGGAAGUUGAUGGGUUUUGGGUUUUUCUAUUGACGAUGUAAAGGUGGGGACUUUGCUUUGUGUUCUUCUGGUUGCUUGUAUUGUAAAAGAGCGUAAAAAGGAAGAAUUCUUUUAAUAAGAAAAGAUCGCAUAAUGGGUUCUGUUGUUGAAGAGAAGAUUAAAACAGGAGCUUUGGUUAAUGGAGGGGCACAGGCCACUCUGCUUGAGGAAAUGAAGUUGUUGAAAGAAAUGCAAGAUCAGUCUGGGACCCGGAAGGCUAUAAAUUCCGAGUUAUGGCAUGCCUGCGCAGGUCCACUUGUUUUCUUGCCUCAGGUGGGGAGCCUUGUAUAUUACUUCCCUCAAGGACAUAGCGAACAGGUAGCAGUGUCCACGAAAAGAAUGGCGACCUCUCAAAUUCCCAGCUAUCCAAAUCUUCCAUCUCAGUUGAUGUGCCAAGUUCACAAUGUUACGCUACAUGCAGACAAAGAUACAGAUGAAAUAUAUGCUCAAAUGAGUCUUCAACCGGUGAACACUGAAAAAGAUGUCUUCCCUAUACCAGACUUUGGAUUGAAGCCCAGCAAGCAUCCAAAUGAAUUUUUUUGUAAAACUUUGACUGCAAGUGAUACAAGUACACAUGGUGGUUUUUCAGUGCCACGCAGAGCAGCAGAGAAGCUCUUUCCUCCAUUGGAUUACACAAUGCAGCCCCCAACUCAAGAGCUUGUUGUGCGCGACUUGCAUGAUAAUACCUGGACAUUUCGCCAUAUAUACCGGGGGCAGCCAAAGCGACACCUUCUUACAACUGGGUGGAGUUUGUUUGUUGGAUCAAAAAGGCUUAGGGCAGGUGAUUCCGUUCUCUUUAUCAGGGAUGAGAAAUCACAGUUAUUGGUGGGUGUGAGGCGUGCAAAUCGUCAACAAACAACACUACCAUCAUCAGUUCUUUCUGCUGAUAGUAUGCACAUUGGUGUCCUUGCUGCUGCUGCUCAUGCUGCUGCUAAUAGAAGCCCAUUCACAAUUUUCUACAAUCCAAGAGCCUGCCCUUCUGAAUUUGUCAUCCCUUUGCCUAGAUACCGCAAAUCUGUAUAUGGGUCUCAAGUCUCUGUUGGUAUGAGGUUUGGAAUGAUGUUUGAAACAGAAGAGUCAGGAAAACGUAGAUAUAUGGGUACAAUAGUUGGUAUUAGUGACUUGGAUCCUCUGAGAUGGCCUGGCUCGAAGUGGCGAAACCUUCAGGUUGAGUGGGAUGAACCUGGAUGUAACGAUAAACAGAAUAGGGUCAGCGCAUGGGAAAUUGAAACUCCUGAAAGCCUCUUUAUUUUUCCCUCUUUAACUUCAGGUCUCAAACGGCCAUUUCAUACUGGAAUUUUGGGAGCAGAAUCUGAAUGGGGAAGCUUGAUAAAAAGGCCUCUCCUCCAGUUUCCUGAAAAUGGAAAUGGGAGUCUUCCUUAUUCGAUCUCAAAUUUAUGUUCUGAACAACUGAUGAAAAUGAUGCUGAAGCCUCAGCUUGUUAGCCAUCCAGGAAUUUUUGCAUCUACUUUACAACAAAUCUCUGCUGCAAAAGGGUCUCCAUUGGAAGAGAUGAAGAAUAUGCAGUCUACAAGCAAUCAGAAACCUCAGCCUAUCCAAUCAGAGAAUCUGUUGAUAGAAAGCCAAAAUCUUUCCCAAUUAGUCCCUGACCAACCUGAUCCCAUCAACUCAAAUUUGCCGAAAAUAAAUGCUAAUGGGAACCUACAUCCUGCUAACAAACUUGAAAGCCAAACACAAGCUAGGAGCAAUGAUGAAAAAUUAAAGCUGGAUUCAGAGCAUUCAACUGAUCAGUUAAGUCAGAUGACUUCAAUAUCAGAAUGCAAUGAGGAAAAACUGGAGGCAAAUGCUGUAAGUCCAUCAAGUAUUUUGAACCAACUUUCUUUCUCUAACCAGAGCCAGAUGCCAUUCCAAUUGCAAAAUAACCCAUGGCCCAUUCAGUCACAAUUGGAAUCGUCAGUCCUCCAAGCUCAUCAAAUACAGUUAUCUCAAGCUGAUAUUAGUAAUUUAAGCAGCUUUCUUCCUUUUAUAGACGCCAAUGAAUGGACGCCACACCUUUCUUCUUGCCAACCACUUGCAGGGAUUUAUAAGUCACCUGGUCCUACACUAGCAGUUGGGUUACAAGACUCUUCAGCUGUCCUUCCUGAAGCAACUAAUUCUUCCUUAACUACAGGGGGUCAAGAUACAUGGGAUCAUCAGCUGAAUAAUUGUAGGGUUUUAUACCAGGCUGACCAAUUAACUUCAUUCACUCAGCAAGAUCCAUGCAGUCUUAAUUCGGGUGGGCUGAGAGAUUUGUCUGAUGACAGCAAUAAUCAGAGUGGGAUAUACAGCUGUCUUAACAUUGAUGUUAGUAAUGGUGGCAGUACUGUGAUUGAUCCUUCUGUUUCCAGUGUCAUUCUUGAUGAGUUAUGCUCAUUGAAGGAUGCUGAUUUUCAAAAUCCUUCAGAUUGUUUGGUUGGAAACUUUAGUUCUAGUCAGGAUGUCCAGUCUCAGAUUACCUCUGCUAGCCUCGCAGACUCUCAGGCCUUCUCUCGACAAGACUUACCAGACAGCUCGGGUGGUACUUCCUCUAGUAAUAUUGAUUUUGAUGAGAGUGGCCUUCUGCAGAAUAAUUCAUGGCAUCAAAUGGCUCCACGUGUGAGAACAUAUACAAAGGUUCAGAAGGCAGGAUCUGUUGGAAGGUCGAUUGAUGUCACGAGUUUUAAGAACUAUGGUGAACUAAUCUCAGCAAUUGAAUCCAUGUUUGGACUUAAGGGGCUACUUGACGAUCCUAGAGGUUCAGGGUGGAAAUUGGUGUAUGUGGAUUAUGAGAAUGAUGUUCUACUCGUUGGGGAUGAUCCUUGGGACGAAUUUGUUGGGUGUGUCCGUUGCAUCAGAAUUCUAUCCCCUACAGAAGUUCAACAGAUGAGUGAAGAAGGGAUGAAGCUUCUUAACAGUGCCACAAUGCAAGGCAUUAAUGGCUUCGAUUCAGGUUGCAAUGCUUAAGUUUCCACCAAGCUGAAUUUCCAUUGCUCU